CGAAUUAAGUUUGUUUGUAACUGGGCCCAAAGCUCUGUUGCUUUCAAACGCUGGGCCCUGGCCCCUGGUACAAAAGCAAAGCCGGCCCGUGAACCCCGUGAGGCCACUUUGCCUUGCGGGUCAGGAGCGCCUUUCCAGUGUCUGCGGGAGCCUACUCUGCUGUCACUCCAUCAGGAAGCCAAGGCCACGGGUGCCUGCAACCAGCCCUAGAAAGCACCAGUUCCGACACUGCCUGAGAUAAAAUGGCGUAAUCAUGCUCUGCCUUCGGAUGCCCUCCCGUCUACGCUCCUGGCUAGUCUCACCAGAAGCCAUCAGUUCUGCCCUCUUCUGCCACCUCCGAAGCAUCCCAUCCCUGGCCCUCCAGUCACCAUGGCAGCCUUGAUUGCAGAGAACUUCCGCUUCCUGUCUCUCUUCUUCAAGAGCAAGGAUGUCAUGAUUUUCAACGGGCUGGUGGCCCUGGGCACGGUGGGCAGUCAGGAGCUGUUCUCAGUGGUGGCCUUCCACUGUCCCUGCUCACCUGCCCGGAACUACCUGUAUGGGCUGACAGCCAUUGGUGUGCCUGCGCUGGCACUCUUCCUCAUUGGAGUCAUCCUCAACAACCACACUUGGAACCUAGUUGCUGAGUGCCAGUACCGGAGGGCCAAGAACUGUUCUGCUGCCCCCACCUUCCUCCUCCUAAGUUCUAUCCUGGGCCGUGCAGCCGUGGCCCCAGUCACCUGGUCUGUUAUCUCCCUGCUUCGAGGGGAGGCCUACGUCUGUGCACUCAGUGAGUUUGUGGACCCCUCCUCGCUCACGGCUGGGGAUGAAGGUUUCCCCCCAGACCAUGCCACAGAGAUCUUAGCCAGGUUCCCUUGCGGAGAGGGCCCUGCCAACCUAUCGGGCUUCCGAGAGGAGGUCAGCCGCAGGCUCAAGUAUGAGUCCCAGCUCUUUGGAUGGCUGCUCAUCGGCGUGGUGGCCAUCCUGGUGUUCCUGACCAAGUGCUUCAAGCAUUACUGCUCACCGCUCAGCUACCGCCAGGAGGCCUACUGGGCGCAGUACCGCACCAACGAGGACCAGCUGUUCCAGCGCACGGCAGAGGUGCAUUCGAGGGUGCUGGCCGCCAACAACGUGCGCCGUUUCUUUGGCUUCGUGGCUCUCAACAAGGAUGACGAAGAGCUGGUCACCAAGUUCCCGGUGGAAGGCACACAGCCACGGCCACAGUGGAACGCUAUCACCGGGGUCUAUUUGUACCGCGAGAACCAGGGCCUCCCACUCUAUAGUCGCUUACACAAGUGGGCCCAGGGCCUGACGGGUAAUGGCACAGCCCCUGACAAUGUAGAGAUGGCCCUGCUCACUGUCUAAGAGCCUACUUCUAUGCCCUCUGUAAGUGGAACUAUUGAGUCUCAAACCAACCCCUCGUGGCAUGCUCACUUUUGCAUCAGGUGACUUUCCCGUUAACUACGGUGUCUUGGGCAUAGACAAAAACAACUAAUGGUUUGUAAAGAUCCCGUGGACCACAUGGUGGGGUGGGAGCGGGGACUGGCCUACCAAAAUCAUCUCUCCUGUGGCCACAAGCACACUCUGUUCACAGUUCUGGGACUUUCCUAGAGCUGGCCCUUAGUAUGACAGGAGUGAUCUUUGGUGGGCCUCAGAGUUGGGAAACAUCAGCCGGUGAGGCCUGGUGGCAACCCACUAGGGCUACUCGUCCUUGUAUAGUACUGUGCUGUUAAUUUGUGUGUAAUCGAGUCAGGACACCUAGCUCCUCGGUGUACUGCUAGGAAGCUGCCUCAAUUGUAUACCUCUGGCUUGAUUUUAUAUAUUUAAACUUUUUGAUAAAGCUUUUCUUACUUUUAA